AUGAGUGAGAUUACGGUGAAUUCAUUUGAGGAAGUAUCAGUUGUUGAUGUUUAUGAUUUAGCAAGUGAUAUCGGCUCCGAAUUCGAGAAACUAAUUGAUUCGUAUGGAUCACAAGCUUUCGAAUCUUUAAUAAAGAAAUGCAUUCGAGCUUUAGAAACAUUGGAGAAUGUUGCUUUAAAGAAUGAACAAGAGGUCUCUCUGAUACGAGAUCUCAAUGAUCAAAUUGCUAAGCUUGAAUAUGAAAAGCUCGAAAGGGCUAAGACGAAGGAUAUGUUUGAAAAGGAAGUUGAAACUAUUGAGGAGGUAUGGCGUAGCGAAACGCGAGAACUGAUAUCAACCGUAUCAAGAUUGCAAUCAGAAAAUCAUCGGUUAAUGGAAGAACAUCAUUACAAGAAAGCUCUUAAAGAUACGUCAUUAGAUUGCAAUAAGUUCGAUGACACAGUGACUCAAAAACUAUGCGAGCAAGUAGAUAGACAACGAGAUGAGAUCAAACAGAAGAAACGUGAAAAUCAAGAGCAAGCAGAAUUAUUGGAAAAUUGUUUGGGAGAAAUUGAAAUUCUCAAACAUCAAAAUUCCGAAUUUAAGAAAAGAUCAAAAGUUUUCCAGAAUCAAAUAAAGACUUUAUGUGAAGAAAGGGCUGAUUUUUUGGCUAAACUUCAAGACCAACACAAAAUUAUGUUAGCAUUGAGAAAGAAGUUGGGAAUUGCGGAAAAGGAAAAUAAUGAUUUGGAAGUUGGAGACGCAACAAUUCCUCGUUUUACAGUUGAAGAGCUUAAAGAAAUUCUGAAUGAGAGAAAUAUGCUGAGAAAUCGAAUAAGUGACUUAGAAGAGGAACUAAUCGCUUGUAAAUUAGUUUCGCCAAAUACGAAACCCCAGGGAAGUGCCAAAGAAAUUAAAGAAGAAGAUCCUCCUGUACAAGGGCCUUUACCAGAAGAAUGGUACACCGAUGACGGUUCAUGGAGAAGAAAAAGUUCUGAUUCUGGUAUCCGGAAAUUCUUUAAAAAUUUCCUCUUUGCUGACAGUGACAUGACUACACAUAGAUUAAGUAAGACUUCUUUAUCAUCUCUAACUAGAAUGGCUUUAUCUGGACCACAUACAGAAAUACCUAUUUAAAGAUUAAUAGAAUCGAAAUUAUAAUUCAUUCAAAACAUAAAGUUGAUAACGGUUGUUGUCGUUUAAUUAUAGAAAAUAUGAUCAAAAUUUAAAUACCUAUCAAGUUCCAAAGUUUUGAUGGGAUACUUUAGAAGAUAUAUUAUACCUGAUACUGAAUUUUAUUUAUUUUAUUCAUUAAUGUUAUAAUAUAACAUGUGAUAAACACAUAAAAACUAUUGAAUCAUUUUCAGUUCAACCAACCUCCUUUACACAAAUAAAUUAAAACAUUCAAAAUUCAUGAAAAAGCUCAAUUAUCUAAUUUAUUAAUUAUUUACACAAAUAUUCAUUUUAUUAUACAUAAAUUUGAGGUAAACAUAAUUAGGGG